GGGAAAUAGGAAAAAAGCAGGCACUUGAACUCGUUGACGAACCAUCAAAUCCAAUUAGCAGCACAAAACCUGAAUGAAAUAAAAGUGCAAGAUAGGAAAAACAGGCGAGAAAAUCAGAAAAAAGGGAGUAGAAGUAUCAAAAAAAAACAGAAAAGAAAACAGAAACUAAUCGCAAUUAAAAUGAAAUCGCAUUAGCAAAAGCUAGCAAAUAAUACAUAGUACUCGUACAAUCGAAUAGCACUUAAGCCGCUCACAUAGACAACAAUGCUUGUAGUGGAUCAAUGCUUAACAACGAAAUUAAAGAAGAAGAAACAAUGGAGAAGAGUAGAGAUAAAGCGAUUGUAUGUAGAAGCAGGAUGUGCUCAACAGUUAAAGCGCUCAAUCAGUGCGAGCGAAUACUUAAGAACAGUGAAGGCCAGUUGCAAAAGAGCGCACUUUAGUUCAAUGGCAUUAGAGGAAAUAUUUUGUCAGAAACACUCCAUCAUUUCCUCACCUUUUAUUGCUAACUAAUAUCAAUUUAAGCUUGAAAUUGAAAUUUUACUUGCAUGCAUACACCUUACCACAUUCUUGCAUUUGUAAUAAUAAACUUUUUGUUUUUUUUUCUUUCCACUUUUUCUAUAUCUUUCUUUUUUCUCCCCUACAGCUCUCGUCAGCGUCGCACAUCUCUUGCUGUGGAUUGUUAUUUGGUUGGGUUUGACAGCCAAACGUCGUUGGACAUUCAAAUUGCCACCAAUGGAUGCCUAUGGCAUUACCAAAGCGACCACCCAACCGCUAUUGAUGGCAAAUCGUAGUAGUUUGCCCAGCGCUGGAAGUGUUAGUGGCAGUGGCAGCAAUAUUGGCAGCUCGGAGCUAAAGAGCUCAUCUUUAAUGAGUGGUACUACUGGUGGCGGUGGCAGUGGCGGUGGAGGUGGUGGUAAUAGUGGCCGCGGUGGCAAAUUGAGCACUGAAUCCAGCACUGAUGGUGGCAACGAUGAUGUGUAUUGGCCAAAAUUAACGCCAAGCUCACCGAAAUUGAAGGUCACCUUCAAUGAAGUACCGAGUACGUCUGAUGAUGUUCUACUAAUUGGUGACCAAGAACAAAACGAUGGCAAGCGCCAUUCGUGCCGUGGAACCGCGAUAUGUUUUGCCAGUGUUGCGGGGGAAAUUGACGACGGAGAAUAUGCGACAUUAAGAACUGCCAGCGCUGCCACCACCAUGGCAGGCAUCAACAUGACCAGUAUGAGCAGCAUGGUGUUGAGCAACAAAGGCACCACCAACCAAAACAAAAUCGACCCCGUCAUGACGAUCGGCUGUGGCAAUGAGACGCAUGUCAGCGGCACAACUCCCACCGGCAUGCAUGGCAUGAAACUUUUACAUCUGAGCGAAUAUGAUGAGUUGCCACCGCCACCGCCACAAUUAAUGCCAACAACUACGAGUGGCCAACACUGUGCGGCAGCAGCUCGAAGUGACUAUGUUAAUUGCGCUGGCGCUGGCAAUGGUGCUGCUGGCACUGGCAGCUUUGGUGAUGACAGCACCUCGGAGGAGGGCAAACUCUUGGCUUGUGUGCAUGAUGACAGGGUGACGUAUGCAUCGACACGCGACUUGGAACCGCCAGCAGCAACAACGCCACCUCUUCCACCACCGCCAAUGCAUCACACAGCAAUAGGUGGCGGUGGCGGUGGCGGCGGCGGCGGCGGCGGCAAGCAGCAGUCAAUAGCCGGUAAUGCACAUAUCAACUCGGCUGGUAUUAAUGGUGCAACGAGUAUGGCAAUGAGCAGUGGUAGCGGCGGUGUUAGUGGUUCUACUGCUGCAGCUAUGGUUGGUCGUGCGCCACAAGCUAUACCAGAGAAUAUGCAAUUGUCUUCGUCGCCGGAGCAUCUAGUCAGCCCAUUGGCACCGGUGACGGUCACAGUGCACACCAACGAGGCGCAUAUCGCCUCCAGCUCUACGCCGCGCUGCCUGCGUCGUGCCGACUCGGGUGUGCCCAACGAAGCGCUAACGCCGCGCAGCGACACCACCUCCACCACAGAGAGCACCACUUCGCCGCCAGAGCGCGCUCCGUCCGAAUCGUCGAGCGGUGUGCACUCGGGCGAGGAGCGGGACGUGGAGGUGGUCAUACGACCACGUGCCGCAUGCAAGCCACCACCCAAGCCGCCACAGCCGGCCAUUCAAGAGGAGCCCUACGGUCGCUGCACCAACAUGCGCAUGUCCAGUUUUGGUGGUGAUGUUACCACCGCAGGUGGUGGUGCUUCUGGGGGCCGCGCACACAACAGCGCCACACUGCCACUGACACGUUCAGCACCCGAACAAAAAUUCGAUUACGCCAAUCAUUGUAGCACAAUGCCGCUACCGGCAGCUUGUCAUAGUCAACAGCAGGCGGCAGUAGCUGUACGCGGUAGUGGCAACUAUGGCAUGACCACAUCAGCAUACUCGAUGCAUUCACAGCCACCGCUGCCGCCGCCACCGCUCAACAGUGGUCUGAGUAGUUUUCGUGCACAAUAUGCCAAUUCGUCGGUAGCGAUGGCGGGUGCUAAUGCGGCGCGCAUGCAACAGCAACUGCUAAACGAACAGCAGCAGCAAUACUCACAGCCACAGUCAACAUCACCACCACCACCGCCACCGCCAGCCGGUAUGCAUACGACACUGCCGAAUGGUGUACGCUACUCGAAUCCGCAUUUCCUGCGUCGCUUGCCGCACGUCACCAAGGCGGCUGAAUCGCCAUAUGGGCAUUUGGGACUUGGCGCCGGCCAUCACACUUUCUCCAAGCUGCUGCAGGAUCCACUACAGCACAGCCUAGUCAAUACAACUAUACCCGAGGAUCGCGACUCGGCCAACUAUUCCAUGUCCUCCGAACAUGAUGGCGGUAAUUUAUAUGCGACAGCACAGACAUACAACUGAGCGGAAGGCUAAGUGGCGAAAAUGAAAAGCGAAGGUGCCAUAACAGCUUAACAGCUGCAGCUCAACUGGGAAUGUCAUGAAACGUAAACACAAACGAGGAAGCAAAAAUUGGUAAUUGAAAGGUAUCAAGUGCAAAAAAAAAAG